UAGCGCCAAAACUCGCACCGGUUGUGUUCCUUGUUUCUCUCUCUCUAAUGGCUUUAGACAUUGAUCGCGAUUUGCAGCGCGUUCAACGCGAGUACAUCGACUUUCUCGACGACGACGCGGAACAUGGUGUUUAUCGUGAGAAAGUGAGGGAAAUGAUACGAAAGGGAGAGAACAGACUGAUUGUCAACAUCAAUGCGUUGAGGCGCAAGCUGCCGAAAAGAGCAGCCUGUAUGCUAAAUGAGGCAAUUGAUGAAGUCAUUGCUUUCCAACGUGCGUUGAGAGAAUUUGUUGCGUCUUCUGAUGCUGUGUACGUGAAACAGUUUGAAGAGUUCUACAUUGGUUUUGAGGGAAGUUUUGGCAACAAGCAUGUAACGCCCCGAACACUCACUUCAAGUUACCUCGGCAACCUUGUAUGUGUGGAAGGAAUUGUCACCAAAUGCUCGCUGGUCAGACCGAAGGUGGUGAAAAGUGUUCACUACUGUCCAGCUACGAAGAAGACAGUAGAACGAAGAUAUUCAGAUCUGACAACAUUGAAUGCAUUUCCCAGCACAUCGGCGUAUCCUACAAAGGAUGAUGUCGGAAAUCCACUAGAAACAGAAUUUGGUUUGUCUGUAUACAGAGAUCAUCAAACACUUAGCAUGCAGGAAAUGCCAGAAAAAGCUCCUGCCGGGCAGUUGCCUCGUUCAGUCGACAUCAUCUUGGAUGGUGACUUAGUGGACAUAUGCAAACCGGGAGAUAGGAUUCAAGUGAUUGGGAUAUAUCGAUGUCUUCCAUCUAAGAAGAAUAGUUACACUUCCUGCAGCUUUAGGACUGUUGUUUUGGCAAACAACAUUGUUGUGCUCAGCAAAGAGACUUCUCCUAAACUAAUAGCUGAAGAUGUGCAGAAGAUGAGGCAGUUUCGGUCUACCAAGAGAUUUAAUAAAUUUGAAAUGUUGGCAAGAUCUUUGGCUCCAUCAAUUCAUGGCCACGAGUGGAUCAAACAAGCUGUUCUUUGUUUGCUUCUCGGUGGCACAGAAAAAGUGCUUGAAAAUGGAACAAGACUAAGAGGUGAUAUCAAUGUGUUGCUGAUUGGUGAUCCUUCGACAGCAAAAUCACAGAUGCUACGUUAUGUGUUGCAUUCUGCACCUCGUGCUAUUACAACUACUGGUCGUGGAUCAUCGGGUGUUGGUCUGACUGCUGCUGUAACGACUGACCCUGAGACAGGAGAUAGGACUUUAGAGGCAGGGGCUAUGGUGCUGGCUGAUAGGGGAGUUGUUUGUAUUGAUGAGUUUGACAAGAUGACAGACAUUGAUCGUACUGCCAUUCACGAAGUAAUGGAACAAGGUCGAGUAACAAUUGCAAAAGCCGGCAUCCACGCAAAACUCAAUGCAAGAUGCUCAGUCCUAGCAGCAGCCAAUCCAGUCUACGGACGGUAUGAUGAAUACAAGCCACCAAUGGAUAACAUUGGGAUGCAAGAUUCUCUGCUCUCUCGUUUCGAUCUCAUUUUUAUUGUUCUUGAUGAGAUGGAUCCUGAUUAUGACCGUGAUAUCUCUGAUCACGUGCUGAGGAUGCAUCGUUAUCGGGCAGCUGGAGAACAAGACGGGGAAGCUAUGCAGAUUGGUGGUGGUGGUAGCCUCCUCUCUACUGUCAAUCUCGAUGUUGAAGAUGACGGCUACGAGGAGACUCACAUCUUCGAGAAACACGACAGUCUCCUUCAUGGCAAGAAAAUCAAAGACAAAAAUGACAAGUUUAAGCAUAGGAGAGUGUCUAUGGUGUUCUUGAAGAAAUACAUACAUGUUGCUCGUCUGAUGAAGCCUGCUUUGACUCGUGAGUCAUGUGACAUGAUUGCUGCAGAGUAUUCAAAGCUGAGAACGCAAGACACAUCAGGAACAGACAAAGCCAAGACACAACCCGUGACUGCCAGAACAUUAGAAACAAUGAUUCGGCUGUCUACAGCCCAUGCAAAAGGCAGAUUGUCAAAGACAGUCGACGAGGAGGAUGCUCAGUUUGCGAUUGACAUGAUCAACUAUGCAUACUUCAAGAAAGUGAGUGUCAGACAAAAACGAAGAAAGAUUGAGGAGGAGGAGGAGGAAGAGUCACAAGAUGAUGAUGAGAAUGAUGCUGUUGAUGAUGACGAUGAUGACAAUGAUGGUGAGACUUCACGCCGUAGACGAUCCCCAAGGACGAGGAGCCAGCAGUCUAGUGGAAGGAAGACAAGAAAGAGUCAAGAUGAAUGUGAUCCUUACCACUUUGGGAGUGACGUUGAUUCUCCUGCUAAACGACGUGCCAUUGGCAAGCAAACUGCUGAUAGAACAUCUAUUGAUGACGAAAGAUUAGCUGAAUUCCGAAGUGUCAUUCUUCGGCUCUUCUCAUCUGAGCACGCUCAAAGCAUCUCCCUCCAACAAGUGCAACAAGCAGCACAAGCAACCUUCACAGAAUCAGAAACAGCAGCAGCACUAGAAGCCAUGCAGACAGCAAAUCAAGUGAUGGUCGCAGACGGCACCGUAUUUCUAAUCUAA